AUGACGGAGAAGAUGACGAGCACAGCCUCGGCGCAGGAGGACUCAAGGCCGGGAACAGAGCGUGUCGCAGAGCUACAGGGAGGAAAGAUCCAUGCCGUUCCAUGGGGACUACCUUAUGGCGCCCUUGGUAUCAAGCAUUUUGCUGAGGACCUCUUGAGAGGCGCCAUUUUUCUCCAGGAGUCCCUUGCGAUGCUUGAGAGAUUCCAAGCUGCAUCACAGAGCAUGAGACUACCCAACAAGAAGAGAAGACCAGAAACUGGUGAAAAGUCUCCUGAAAUAGACACCAUAAUACGUGAAGUCCUCCUGAGACCAUCAAAUGCCAAGCAGGUAUUACCUAGAACUGUUAACGAUGGAUUAAGACAGCAGUUAAGCAAUUCUACUGAUGAUUUGAAGAAUGUGGUCAAGGAUAGUUUCUACAAGAAGAACCACACGUCGGUGUCCAAUGAUGAGCAGGCCUCUUUGAGCCAGUCAGCACGGUACUUGCCGAACAAUUAUCUAGCGUCCAACCCUACUCAGCAGAAGAAAGUGGUGCCCAGAUCGUUGCCAUCUUGUGCAGCGGUACAACCUGGAAAGUCUAAAGGCCCAUGCUUGGUAGCCAAGCUCAUGGGUCUUGAUGGAUUGCCCUCACCGAAAGGCAACUCUACCGUGAAAGACGAUAAGAUUAAGACAGCGAGUUCACCAAGAGCACUGUUUGAUAUUGAGAGGCCCAAGUCAAAAGGGCUACCGCCACAAUUAUUCAGAGAGGAGACUGGUUUUGAUACGGAGGUGUGUAGGUCAGAAAAGCUGCCACCAGAACAAUAUAAUGUUCAAAAGAAUUCUACUAGUUCACAGAAGGGCAUCGGUACUUCAUAUAAUACCAGAGCGAUUAAUGAGAUUGCAUCGAUGAAAUCAAUUCACAGAGUGAUAAAUGUUGAACAGGCUCGACCAAAAUCCCCGAAAGAAAUCAAGAUAGUCUCUCCUACAAGCAGAAAGCAACAGGCAAAUGAGAACACUGAGAUUAAUAGGAAGACCAUGGAAAUCAGUUGCAUCAAGAAGCAGUCAUACUUGUGA